GUUUGGAUCAUCUGGAACUCCUAUCCAUAUUUGUCUAUUUCAUUGCAUGUUGAUUCAAAAGAGAGGAAAGCGGGUGAAAUCUACAUAAGUCAUUUUCCAGCUGUUCUAUUUCUGGCCAGUAAUUAUCUCUUCCCGCAAUUACUGGAGUGGCUGUCAGCAAUCUGCCUGUUUUCUUUAAGGGACUUUUAACACCAUGUACAUUAAAAUAGGUAUCUGUAGCUGCUCCUUAUCCAGUGCCUAAUUAUUACUGGAACACCGCACGCCAAUAUGACCUGUUUGUGGGGUGUUGCAAGCUUUUUGGUGGUGUCUUUGCAUCUUCUUCAAGCAUUUGACUACGCCAGUGGAAGCAAUAAGGGAACAGCGCAGAGGGAGUUAGAAUACAAAAUCAGAUCUGCGGCCAACCUGGAAGAGCUUCUUCGUUUAACUCACCCCAGAGAGCUGAAGUUGUGGAGGUGUCGGUCGAAGCUCAAAUCCUACAUCAACACUGACACCAGAUCUGGGCCUCAUCGUUCCACCCGAUUUGCUGCAGCCUUCUAUGAUAUUGAAAUACUAACAGUUAUUGACGAAGAAUGGCAGAAGACACAGUGUAUGCCCAGAGAAACCUGCAUUGAUGUUGCAAAGGACCUUGGCACUGCCACUAACAAGUUCUUCAAACCGCCCUGCGUCUCAGUGUACAGAUGUGGAGGCUGUUGUAACGAAGAGGGAGUUACCUGCUUAAAUACCAGCACAUCCUACGUACUGAAAUCGGUUUUUCAGAUUUCUGUACCACUUACACAAGCACCAGAACCUGUAACUAUCAAAGUCGCAAACCACACAAGCUGCAAAUGUUCACUUGUUGGCCCUCGUCAUCCGCCCACCAUCAUACGUAGAUCAGUUCCAUAUCUGGAAUACGGGUGUCUUCAAGAUAACAGACACUGUCCUCCUGGUUGGCAGUGGGAUAACAGCCAAUGUGCGUGUGUGCUGGAAAACAAGUCUUCACUCAAUAGAAGAAGGGAAGAGGUUGCCUUGUGUGGUGCAAACAUGGAGUUUGAAGACAGCUGUGAAUGUGUCUGUAAGCUGGAAUGUUCCAGGAGCCAGGUCCUCAACAAAGAAAACUGCACCUGUAAUGAAUGUAGUGAGAACCUGGACUCAUGCUGUGAGAAGAAUAAGAUAUUCCACCCAGAUUCCUGCAGCUGUAAAGAUGACUGCCCGUUUCAAGCCAUAGUGUGCCCAGGUGGUAGGAAAGUGUGCUCAAAGCAUUUCGACUGUGUCAGAAGAGAACCUUUUUCAUAUCAUAACAAUGAAAACCCAUAAUCAGC